GACCACAGUCAUGUGAUAGUUUACAGACCAGUAUGAUCUACAUUUACUGCACAUAACGAAAUGGUAGUUUCCUCAUAAUGUUUUACAGUAGAUUAUGCCUGUAAACCGAUAUAAAACGUCGCGGGUUAGUUUGAUUCUUGAUAUCACCGCUUGUAGACGCAGCAGAAAGACCGCGCCGUCCCGUUUCGCCCGGAAUAAACUCAUAGAACAACUACUCCCGUAUGAUUAUUCUAUUAACAUUGCAACCUUCACAUUGAUAAAUAAAGCCUCUGUUUUUUUGAACAGUAAUGUUUGCUCAGGCGAACUGGGUAUGUCUCGUGCUCGCCGCGUUGCUGAUAGCAAUACCAACAAGCGGGACGCGAUACCAAGCGAACUGGGAGAGUUUGGACGCAAGACCGCUUCCUACAUGGUACGAUGAAGCCAAGUUCGGGAUUUUCGUCCACUGGGGGGUGUUCUCCGUCCCCGGGUUCGAGAGCGAGUGGUUCUGGUGGCAUUGGCAAGGUCAAAACCCAGCUGAUCCGAAGUGUGUUAAGUACAUGCUGGAUAACUACCCGCCCGGGUUCAGCUAUCCAGAUUUCGCGCCCCAGUUCCAUGCCCAGUUCUUUGACCCGGAUGACUGGGCUGACAUAUUCGAGGCUUCCGGUGCAAAGUAUGUGGUUCUGACAGCGAAACACCAUGAAGGAUAUACUACCUGGCCCUCUUCCUACUCUUGGAACUGGAACUCUGUGGACACUGGACCACACAGAGACCUGGUGGGAGACCUGGCAGAGGCCGUACGCAACAGGUCGCUGCACUAUGGCCUCUAUAACUCCCUGUAUGAAUGGUUCAACCCCCUCUACCUGGCGGACAAGAAAAACAACUUCACAACACAGGACUUUGUCUUGAAAAAACUGCUGCCUGAGCUUUAUGACAUGGUCCUAAGCUACAAGCCAGAGCUGAUCUGGUCCGAUGGGGAUUGGGAAGCUCCUGACUCCUACUGGAACUCAACAGAAUUCCUGGCCUGGCUCUACAACGACAGUCCCGUUAAAGACGUGAUCGUGACCAAUGACAGGUGGGGGGCGGGGUGUUACUGUAAGCACGGUGGCUACUACAACUGUGCAGACAAAUACACCCCUGGGGAGCUGCCCAAACACAAGUGGGAGAAGUGUCAGUCUGUGGACACACAGUCCUGGGGUUUCCGCAGAACCAUGCGGCUCUCUGAACUGAUGGAUCUGCCCAGUAUCGUACAGGACCUUGUUCAAACAGUGGCCAUGGGGGGUAACUACCUGCUGAAUGUGGGUCCUACCCCCGACGGCAUGAUCCCCCCAGUGUUUGAGGAGAGGCUGAGGGGCAUGGGGGCCUGGCUGGGGGUCAACGGAGAGGCCAUCUACUCCUCCAAACCCUGGAGGCUCCAGACUGAGAAUGCCACCGUGCCUGUCUGGUACACCUCCAAAUACUCCAGUGUGUUUGCUGUCUUCAUGACGAAACCCACUGUGUACACAUUCCACCUGUCUGAACCUAUCACAGCAGAGAGCACCACGGUGACAUUAUUGGGGAACCUAGAGCCUCUGAGAUGGGCUCCUCUUCACCCCCGGGGUCUGAUCAUCCUCCUUCCUGAGUUACCUCCAACCCUGGCACAGGCCUGGAUCCUCAAACUGGAUGGGGUCAAGUGAUCUGGGGUGAUAACCAGCCUCUUGAAUAGGCCUUUAGCUACUGGUGAGCAGUGAAGGUACUCCACGAGACUAGUUGGAAUGAAAUUAAUAAAUUUGCAUUUUAAAAUGUUGGAAGAUUUUUAGAAUGACCCGGAAUGAGUGUGAUGUGAUAUUAGUUGGGCUAACUUUGUGUAAUUGGCGCCAUGUUGACACCAGAUUUCAAUGAUCGAAUAUAAUUCAAUGAUGCAUUUGGGGUGGCAGGGUAGCCUAGUGGUUAGAGCGUUGGACUUGUAACCGAAAGGUUGCUAGAUUGAAUCCCCCGAGCUGACAAGGUAAAAAUCUGUUGUUCUGCCCCCUUGAACAAGGCAGUUAAUCCACUGUUCCCCGAUAGGCCGUCGUUGUGAAGAAGAAUGUGUUCUCAACCGACUUGCCUCGUUAAAUAAAAAAUUCUGCGUUGCAAAACCAUUGUAAAGAAUUCAGAACCUCUGGGAGAAGCUUUAUGGAACAAACAAGUUGAAUCAACUUCGCUUUGGAGAAAGGGGAGAAGCUUCCUGUGAUUUUGUAUUUUGUUUCUACGUUUCUUGUGUUUGAGUUAGACUCUGCUGUUUAUUGCUCUCCUGGUGAUUUGAUUUUUAAUGUUUUUUUAAUUCAUUUGGACGGAAUCAUUUCAGAAAGUUUUCAGACCCCUUUUUCCACAAUUGAUUAAAUACAUGUUUUUUCGUCAUCAAAACACACACUCUAUAAUGACGAAGCGAAAAAAAGGUUAGACAUUUUCGCAAAUGUAUUGAAAUGGAAAACAGAAACCUUAUAAUUAUUCAGACCCGUUGCUAGGAGACUUGAAAUGUAGCUCAGGUGCAUCCUGUUUCCAUUGAUCAUCCUUGAGAUGUUUCUGGAACUUGAUUGGAGUCCACCUGUGGUAAAUUCAAUUGAUUGAACAUGAUAUGGAAAGGCACACACCUGUCUAUAUAAGGUCCCACAGUUGACAGUGCAUUUCAGAGCAAAAACCAAGCCAUGAGGUCGAAGGAAUUGUCCAUAGAGUUCUGAGACAGGAUUGUGUCGAGGUGCUGAUCCGGGGAAGGGUACCAAAACAUUCUGCAGCAUUGAAGGUCCCCGAGAACACAGUGGCCUCCAUCAUUCUUAAAUCGAAGAAGUUUGGAACGACCAAGACACUUCCUAGAGCUGGACGCCCGGCCAAACUGAGCAAUCGGGGGAGAAGGGCCUUGGUCAGGGAGGUGACCAAGAACCUGAUGCUCACUCUGGUCUAGAGUUCCUCUGUGGAGAUGGGAGAACCUUACAGAAGGACAACCAUCUCUGCAGCACUCCACCAAUCCGGCCUUUAUGGUAGAGUGGCCAGACGGAAGCAACUCCUCAGUAAAAGAAACAUCACAGCCCACUUGGAGCCCACUUUGCCUAAAGACUCUCAGAAUCAAGAUUCUCUGGUAUGAUGAAACCAAGAUUGAACUCUUUGGCCUGAAUGCCAAGGGACAUGUCUGGAGGAACCCAUUUCCAAGGUGAAGCAUGGUGGUGGCAGCAUCAUGCCGUGGGGAUGUUUUUCAGCAGCAGUAGGGACUGGGAGACUAGUCGGGAUUGAGGCAAAGAUGAACGGUGCAAAGUACAGGGAUCAUUGAUGAAUUGAUGAAAACCUGCACCAGAGCGCUCAGAACCUCAGACUGGGGCGAAGGACCUCAGACUGGGGCGAAGGUUCACCUUCCAAAAGGACGACGACCAUAAGCACACAGCCAAGACAAUGCAGGAUUGGCUUCGGGAUAAGUCUCAAUGUCCUUGAGUAGCCCAGCCAGAGCCCGGACUUGAACCAGAUCGAAAAUCUCUGGAGAGAAAAUAGCUGUGCAGCGACGCUCCCCAUUCAACCUGACAGGGCUUGAGAAGAUCUGCAGAGAAGAAUGGGAGAAACUCCCCAAAUAUAGAUGUGCCAAGCUUGUAGCGUCAUACCUAAAGUACCGAGGAAAGGGUCUGAAUACUUAUGUAAAUGUGAUAAACAUUUUAUGCAUUUGUAAAAAUGUCUAAAACUUUUUUGCUUUGUCAUUAUUGGUUGUGUGUAGAUUGAGGGGGGGGGAAUAACAAUUUAAUCAUUUUUAGAAUAAGGGGAAACCAAUUUAAUCAUUUUUAGAAUAAGGCUGUAAUGUAACAAUGUACUUUCGAAAGCACUCCGUUCCUCUCCUAUGAAGAUUUGUUUGUGUCUGUCGAGCUUCUGUUUAAAGAUGAUGAUGAUGAUGAUGAUGAUGAUGAUGAUGAUGGGAAAUGAACAAAAGCCACUUUUUGUAUUUUUGUGUGUUUUGAUUUUAUUUUUAUGACUGAAUAAAGAAAUAGUUGAUUAA